AACGAAGGUCGACUUUAUUUUGUACUAUCAAACAUAGAUAUUAAGAACUAUGAGUGCUAACGAACUGAUACCGGUUUUUAAGUUUUUGUUAGCUUAUCUCAUCCGUGAUCCGAGAUAACCAACGAGUUCUCAAUCAGUCGUGCAAAGGCCUCUUGAAAACAAAGUCAGUGAUUUGUUAAAAAUGAUUUGAAAUGGUUCAUAAACAAAUAUUUCUGUGGACUUUGAGUGUCAUCUGUGUUGCCAGUUCACAAUGGUCCCAAGGAACCAGAGAAAACUGGGGAUCUCCGCCAAACAGGAACCCCCCUCCAUAUGGAGGUCCUGCAGAUUACUGGGGACAGUCCUCAAACAGAGGACCACCACCAGGCCGAGGACCUCCACCGGAUAGAGGACCCCCACCAGAUCGAGGUCCUCCACCAGAUCGAGGACCCCCACCGGAUCGAGGACCCCCACCAGAUCGAGGACCUCCACCAUAUGACUGGGGGCCACCAUCAAAUGGAUAUCCUCCACCGCCUCCACCUAAUAGUAAACCACCAUCAUCAUAUGGACGACCUCCACCGUACGGAGGAUAUCAGCCAUAUGGAGGGCCUCCACCAGAUAGAAGGCCUCCUCCAUAUGAUAGGCCUCCACCACACGGAGAGCCUCCACCACACGGAGGGCCUCCACCACACGGAGGGCCUCCACCACACGGAGGGCCUCCACCACACGGAGGGCCUCCACGUGAAUCAUCAAACAGAGAUCCGCCAGAUUUUAGAAAAACUCCAUCAUAUUACGACUUAUCUAGGAACAAUGAUUACACCAAAUUGCCAAGGACCAAUAAUGCAGAAUCUGGAAGACCAUCAUACUAUGAUGAACUAGGUGAACAUAAAAGGCCACCAAGACAAAGAGGACCACAAGACUACGGCUCUCCACCUAAUGAACCGCCUCCAGAUAAUUGGCGAUCUCCACCGAAUGAAAGACCACCGCCUGAUAGGGGACCACCGACUGAUAGAGGACCACCGCCUGAUAGAGGACCACCACCUAAUAGAGGACCACCGCCUGAUAGAGGACCACCACCGGACAGGGGACCACCACCGAAUAGAGGUCCACCACCUAACAGAGGACCACCACCUAACAGAGGGCCACCGCCUGAUAGAGGGCCACCAUCUGACGGAGGGCCACCAAAUAAUAGAGGACCGCCACCAAAUCAAGAACCACCACAAUACGGAGGUACCUCAGAAAACUGGGAUCGUCAACCAAAUAGAGGAUCUCAAAACGGAAAUUCUUUACCGCCACCAAACACAGAGUUAUCAACAGACAAAGCGCGCCCGGCACAAAGCGAAUCUUCUUCAGAUUCCGAAUCCAUAUUAUUCCGAAACUUGGAAGAUUUCUCUAGUGAUAAUGGCCCCACUGAAGUCAUAAAGACGGGUAUAGGUAUUGCGAAAGAAGUAGGUGAAAACAUUUCUAAAACCGAACGUUUAAUUAAGAGUGAAACCGCAGAAAGUGAUGAAGAUAAAAAUAAUAGUAAUAAAUCCAGUACAAGUGGAAUAUAUCAAUACAUGGGAUUGCCAAUAUUUCAGGCCUUGCCUGUGACUCCAGCAGUCUAAUAAGAAUUUAAGAUUUAUAGGUUUAAAUACAAAACAAUUAUAGAUAAGGUGAAACAUAGCUUGUAAUACUCAUAAAGAUACAUGUUAUUUCUUACUCUUAAUUUAAAUAUUAAGUAAAAGAUAGAUGGAAUUCCUUUAAUAAUAAUCCUGUCGAUAGCAUGUUCAAAAUAAUAAACCAUAGCAUAAUUAUAAUCUACUGAGCCUGAACCUCUAAGCAGUAAUGUAAAUUUUUAUCUUUAAU